AUGGUCGGCUAUCAGGAGAAUGACACGCUGACCUCGAACCAGAAGUUGAUCUCUGGCUGCGUCUCGGGAUUCAUGACGCGGUUCAUAACCCAACCUCUGGACGUCGUGAAACUGCGGGAACAGCUGAAGAGUCCAGCGGUCCGGGCAGCCGAUCAGAAGGAAUGGUUCAAGGCCACGCGGAAGAUAUUUAAGAACGAAGGGAUUACGGCCUUCUGGCAAGGGCACAAUGUAGGCCAAAUACAUUCUAUGAUUUCAUUAACGUGUCAGUUUUUUGUGUACGAAGUCUCAACGAAAGCUGUCGCGGUCUCUAAUGUUCAUAAUAGAUAUAAGCCAUUCCUUGUCUUCAUGUGUGGAGUAUUAGCUGGUGGCUCCACGGCCUUAUUGGUCAGUCCCUUGGAGGUGAUAAGAGUGAGGCAGAUGCUAAACAAAUCCCAAUACAAAGGUAUUAUUAAUGGCGCCCGUGAAGUGUACAAAACCAGAGGGAUACUUUCAUUUUAUGAGGGCGUCAAUGCUUCCUUACUACAGAUGGGCCCCUCAGUUGGCAUAGGCUUUGCUGUCUUCAAUUUCGUCCAGCCCUUGGUCCUGGCCAGGAUGCACAACUGCGAUAGGGGGCAUUGCAAGUCUGGACGUCACCACUACAACCCUGAACAUGUGCUGCUGGCCAGCACUAUAGCCGGAUCAGCAUCAGGCUUUGUAUCAAAAAGCGUGACGUAUCCAUUUGAUCUGGCCAAGAGAAGGAUGCAGAUUUCAAGCUACAGGUCCGUGAAUCAGCCCGUUUCUAAGGAAUUGAUGAAGUGCACCUCGUUGAGUGACUGCCUCGUAAACAUGUACAGAGAGGACGGUAUACGAGGAAUGUUCAGAGGUUGGAAGAUCACGAUUUACAAGGCUCAGAUAACCAGCAUCGUCUCAUUUACGUCAUACGAAUUAAUGUGCUAUUCUUUAAGACAGAUAUAG